AUGCAGAAACCCGCCGUCACAGACCAACCACCCCUAUAUUCAGCUGUAAAUCCAGGUCCGCCACCGAACAUGGGCAAUGCGCCUCCCCCGCCGCCUCCAGGCUACCCGACCUACGGCCCGCCUCCCCCGCCGCCCGGGUACAUGCCCAAAUACGGGGCUACCAGCAUCAUACAACCACCUAUCAUAGCAGUAGGUGCCUGCCCUGCUUGUCGGGUUGGCAUUCUUGAAGACGACUUCACAUGUCUGGGUAUAUUGUGUGCCAUCUUCAUUUACAUUUGA